GAUGUCAAUGGUAACGCACGCCUCUUUUAAACACCAUUUAAUAAACAUGGACAUGGAUAUAGAUUUAUUUAUAUCAGAAAUUAAAUCUCGUCCUGCUAUUUGGGAUACGAAAAGCGAUAGUUACAGUAAUAGAGGAGAAAGAGUUAAGGCUUGGGAAGAAAUCUGCGAAUUAUUUGUGCUGGAUUACUCCAAUAAAACCGCCAAACAAAAGAACAUGAAAGUAAAUAAAUUACAAAGAAAAUGGAAGAGUCUUCGCGACAGUUUUAAUCGAGAAAACGCAAAAAACAAGAAAGUUGCAGAUGGUUCAGAAGCGUCGAGUAGUAAACAGUAUAUUUACUAUAAUCAAUUAUCUUUUUUAAACAGUUUAAAAGAAAUCCCACCAUCCACUGAUGAUGCUCCUGGUAUUGAAUCUAAUAUUAAUGAAAAGCCUCGUCAGCUAGUCAACAAGGUAUCUAAAAAAGGAAAUGACGUAAAAACAGAAAACGAACUUUUAAAACAAUUUUCGGAAAGUAUGAAACGGAAUUAUGAUGCGAUUUAUAACGAUAACAAUCCUGAUAAACAAUUUUUGAUGUCACUGUUACCUCACGUACAAAAAAUCGACGAACGUUUCAAGCUUGAUUUUCAAACAGAGGUUUUGCAACUCAUCAAAAAGUACCAGAUAAAUUAUCCAACACAUUCGGCGCCAUACUUAUGGUUUUCGGAAAAUCCUAAUGAAAAUGAGAAUACUACAACAAAAAAUAUUCUCUCUACUACGCCUACAAUACAGCCUUCUCCAUCUCAUUCGCACUGUUCCGACCAAUCAAACAACUCUACUAUUGAAGACAAGUUUCAUGACGACAACGCGUUAUAGAAAAUUAAUAAAUAAAUAUAAUUA